AUGGAUGGAAACAAGACCAUUUCCAGUGACUUCACCCUUGUUGGGCUCUUCACUCAUAAGAAAGCCUCAGGGUUCCUUUUCACUGUCAUUUGUGUCAUCUUCUUCAUGGCCAUGAUCGCAAAUGGACUCAUGGUCUUCCUGAUCCACACAGAUCCUUUGCUCCACACCCCAAUGUACUUCCUGCUCAGCCACCUUUCCUUCAUUGACAUGAUGUACAUCUGCACCAUUGUGCCCAAGAUACUGGUAGAUUAUCUCAUAGGCAAGGGGACCAUAUCUUUCAUUGCCUGUACACUCCAGUACUUUCUCUAUAUGGGCUUUGUGGGGGCCGAGUUCUUCCUGCUGGGACUCAUGGCAUAUGACCGUUAUGUGGCCAUCUGUAAUCCCCUUCGCUACUCUGUCCUCAUGAGUCAGCGUGUCUGCUGGUUGAUCUUGGCCAGCUCUUGGCUUGGUGGUGCACUGGAUAGCUUUCUCCUCACUCCCAUUACCAUGAGCCUCCCAUUCUGUGCCUCUCAUAGGAUUAACCACUUUUUUUGUGAGGCACCCACCAUGCUGCGGCUGGCCUGUGGUGACAAAGCCAUCUAUGAAAUGGUGAUGUAUGUUUGCUGUGUUGUGAUGCUUUUGAUCCCCUUCUCGGUGGUAAUUGCAUCAUAUGUCCAGAUUCUUGUUACUGUGCAUCAUAUGAAGUCAGCAGAGGGUAAGAAGAAGGCUGUUGCCACCUGCUCAUCACAUGUAAUGGUGGUGACAUUAUUUUAUGGAGCUGCCUUGUACACCUACAUGCUUCCCAGAUCCUACCACACUCCACUAAAAGACAAGAUCUUCUCUGCUUUUUAUACCAUCCUCACCCCUUUGUUAAAUCCUCUAAUCUACAGUCUGAGAAACAGGGAUGUGACAGGGGCUAUGCAGAGGGUAAUGGCAAAACGUCGGGGGACCUGUGGAGUGGCAAAGAAAGAAUUCUGA